ACAUUGUUCAUCAAUUUGAUGUCAAGGUGAAGGAGAGUGUUGAUCGGAACAAUAGUCGAUUGUUCCUCCAGAUGCUUUGAGGGAUGUCAUGUUUCAUUAAUAUUGUUUAGAGAUGGCUGCUUCGAACUGGAAAUUGGUGCUGCCUGAAACUGUUGCUCAGUGCAUACACGAUGACACAGACAAGGUGCUCAUCGUAGACAGUCGUUCGUUUCUAGAAUAUAACACUUGUCACAUUGGGAAUGCGAUAAACGUUUGCUGUUCUAAACUAGUAAAGCGAAGAUUGCAAAAAGAUAAGAUUUCAAUUGUGGAGCUGUUACACUGUUCAACAAAUUGCGAAACGAAUACCGAUCGUUUUAUCAUCGUUUACGACCAAUGCACGUCUGAUCCAACUGCACUGCCCGUCGAUUGUUUUGCAUUUGUGCUGGUUUCAAAAUUAAACACUCUAUUCAGAAAAGUUGCAUUCUUGAAAGGAGGUUUCCUUGAUUUUAAGGCAUCUUAUCCUUCACUUUGUGAAAGCAAAAGUUGUAAUGUAUCUGGACUGGAAACGAAACCAACGUUAACGAGCAUGUCACAACCUUGCAUGCCUGUUUCAUCUCAGGGACCUACCAAGAUAUUACCAUUCCUCUAUCUCGGUUCGCAAAACGAUGCUUUAUCUAAAAAGCUAUUUGAUCAACAGAAAAUCACCCACGUUCUAAAUGUUUCUACACAAUGUCCACAGCCUGAACAUGUCAUGGAUGCUUAUUUCUUUCGAAUUGCCAUCAACGAUAAUUAUACUAGUAAACUUCUGCCUCAUCUAGACAAGGCUUUCUCAUUUAUAAACAAAGUUAAAGAAGCAAACGGGAAAGUUCUUGUUCAUUGCAUGGCAGGGAUUUCCCGAUCUCCUGCCCUAGCUAUUGCAUAUAUAAUGAAAUAUCUGAAUAUGUCAUCAGAUGAUGCUUACAAAUUCGUUAAAGAAAAACGGCCUACGAUAUCUCCAAACUUUAACUUCCUUGGCCAGUUAACUGAAUAUGAAAAAUUUUUAAAGAACGAUGGUCCACCCAUACCUCCAAAACUCCUACCGAUACAACAUCAACCUUCAGCUACACUUCACAGUCCUACCACCGCUUUUUCCCUACUCAGCUUCUCCGAGGCUGAAGUUCCCAUGCCGAAACACGCACUCCCGGCAUCAUCAUUAAGAAAUAUUCAAUUUACGGCCUGCUCCAAACUUCCUUCAAAAGCCAAUGUUAGAAGACCUUUAAGUUUGAAUGUGGAGACGGAAUCUUUAUCAUUUAGAGGUUCUCAAGCUUCACCAUGUCCCAAACCAGCAGUUAAAAGACCUCUUAGCUUAGGUGUUGAUCCACCUUCACUUUCGUCAAGUAAGCGCCCAACGGUCAGACCGUGCAGCAUUGGACUGACAGGAACACCUUUGACACCUCAGAAAGAGGAAUCACCACCUGCAAAUUUUACUUCAGAAAUAAGUGAGAGACGUUGUCGAAGUUUCGACAACCUUUUUGCAGAUAAUGAAGACAAUGAUGAAAUUACAGGAGGUUGUUCAUUCAGACGGAAACAUCCAAUGUACAGUAGUAUAGGGGGAGGAAGUGUACAGAGUAACAGCUCACCUAUUUCAUCAGCAGGAAGUUCAUCAUUACAUGGAAGUAGAGAGUUAAUUUCUGUUACGUAA